AUAUCGACUCUCCAUUCAAGUUAUUCUCUCAUCCUCACUAUAAAAGUCAAUCUCACUUCAGUAGCUCUCCCUAAUCUAACCAAAAUUACGAUAUCUUGAUCGUUAGCUAUUUUCAAGAAAAUUAAAGAUGCAGUUUAAUUUCAAUUUGUCACCAAUGGUCUUGUUACUAUUUCUCACACUAUUAUCAGUGACAAAAUGGUCCGAAUCAGCAAGAGUAUUCACGAUCGUGAACUCAUGUCACGAAACAAUAUGGCCGGCGAUAACACCCGGAGAAAACUUCAACGGUGGAGGAUUCAAGCUCAAACCAGCCCAAUCCAUCGUCUUCAAAGCACCAGUAACCUGGUCAGGUCGAGUCUGGGGACGAACCGGUUGUAAUUUCAACAAAACCGGAACCGGAAGGUGCGAAACCGGUUCAUGCGGAUCAAACCUAAAAUGCUCAGCCUCUGGAAAACAACCAGUCUCACUAGCCGAGUUCACGUUAGCCUCAUUGGAUUUCUACGACGUGAGCCUCGUCGAGGGGUUUAAUCUCCCGAUGACAGUGACUCCCGUGAACGGAACGGGAAACUGCACCGUCGCCGGCUGCGUCCACGAUUUGAGGCGAAAGUGUCCGGCGAAGCUAGCUGUGAAAUCUAAGGGGAAAGUGAUAGCGUGUAGGAGUGCUUGUGAUGUGUUCGAUAGUGAUGAGUAUUGUUGCAGAGGAGAUUAUGGGAAUCCAUCUACGUGUCAUCCGACUCAUUACUCGAAAAUAUUCAAGAAGGCUUGUCCUACUGCUUACACCUAUGCUUAUGAUGAUCCGACCAGUAUCUUCACUUGUACCGGCUCUGAUUACGUCAUCUCUUUCUGUUCCUACAAGAAGAAGCCGGUGUGAACGUAACAUCUUGACCCGAUUCUAUAAAUAAGUUCUGGUGGAUUCAUGACGAUGGUUCGGUUCUUGUGGCUUGUAUUGAUGUUGUCUCUUUGUUGAUUUACUCUAUUGUUAGAUAAACAAGUUUUUUUCUAUUUCUCUAAGAAUAAUUCUUGUUUUUUUUUUUGGAUUUCACAUGUGUUGCUUAAAGUUAAUUUAAAAGUAAAAUAUAGAGGUUGGUUUGUGUGUUAAAGGCUUAAACACAUGUACAAUAUUUCUCUUUGAAUAAAACAAAUCCUUUUAGA